CGUCAUCCACACGCGCCAGCGCUGGGAAAAUCUAGGGGGCGGUAUACACUGGAGGCGCAUAAUCCUGAGGCCUCCCCACCGCGCGACUGUAGGACCAAGGCACUGAUGUUUGAUCGGGAAGCUUUACAACAUUGAAAAGACUCUUCAGAAUGGCUUUGAACUAGACAAGCUAGAAAUCCCUUCAGAACACCACCUCAGUAUGCAUCUCCCCCAGCAGGCUUUCCUGUCCAGGAACUUUUUGUAGAGGUUGUGCUGCAGAGCGCCAGAAUUCUGGUGCCCAUGGGACCAGCUUAGUGGAUUUGACUUUUCUGAUAGAAUUCUCUUGCUGUAUUAUAUACUCUCUCCCAGAGUUCUAAGAAGUGUGGAGGUAUUCAUGGCACCAAAGAGCCUGUGGGGAAGGAAGUAGAACUUUCAUGCUGAAUGAAAACCAAGCAGGUGAUAUUUGUGGCAGAAAACAUUUAAACCUUUCACGUCUGCAUUUCCUGGAUCGGGGACACGGAGGAACAGUCGCUGCUGGGGCGCAAGAAGCGAUCCCAGACAAGAAAACCCAAAUAAAUAGAAUGAGGGCGACAGGCAAGUAAAUGGCCACCACUACCUCGACAGAGCCGACAUCAGCCUCCUGGUGGAAUUAUUUCUUCCUAUAUGAUGGUUCAAAGGUAAAGGAAGAAGGAGAUCCGACAAGAGCUGGCAUUUGUUAUUUCUACCCCCCUCAGACCCUGCUUGACCAGCAGGAGUUGCUCUGUGGACAGAUUGCGGGCGUCGUGCGCUGUGUCUCGGACAUCUCCUCCUCUGCCCCGACCCUCGUCCGUCUGCGGAAGCUGAAAUUUGCCAUAAAGGUGGACGGAGAGUACCUUUGGGUCAAAGAUCCUCUUUUUCCCUACGGAUAUCCAGUGGUUCCAAUGCCAUGGUUGAGAAAACUCUCCCACUUGGAUUCCUUUGGCUCCUUUGCUGAUGAUCAGGUCCUGGGCUGUGCUGUGGAGCUCCCUGACAUUAGCUGCAAACAGUUUCUGGAUCAGGUCAUUGGAGUCUUCAACUUUUACAAUGGACCUGUAUCUCUGGCUUACAAGAACCACUCUCAGGAAGACCUACGCACCGAAUGGGACACCUUCAUUGAACAGAUUCUGAGGAACACCAGCGAUCUGCACAAGAUAUUCUGUUCCCUCUGGAACCUGGACCGGACUCAGGUGGAGCCCCUGUUGUUGCUGAAGGCAGCGCUAAUCCUGCAGACCUGCCAGCGCUCACCUCACAUUCUCGCCGGCUGCGUCCUCUAUAAGGGACUGAUUGUUAGCACCCAGCUCCCACCCUCCCUCAUGGCCAAGGUCCUGAUUCAGCCAGCUGCGUCUCGGCACCAGAGAAGACCUGCAGGAGGGGGUGGCCCACAGGAACAGGGAGCAGCGCUCCCCCCGAAUGUCCAGAUCUUGCCUGUGUUCCUGACCAAAGAGGAGGCCACCAGUCUCCAUGAAUUCCCAAGGGAGCAGUCAGCCAGCCCUGCUGCAGCACCAGCCAGACUCCAGGAGCGCCCAGCCCGGCAGCCUCCAUGCCCUCAGAGCACCGUUGCCCCGACAGACAAGACCACUGGCCACGUGGAAGCCAUGGCCUGGAUGUUGGCAGCCACUCCUGAGUCUGCGUGUCCUGAUGGAGCCUGGCCAGAUGGCAGUGGGGAGAAUGGGCACUUGCCUGGCCAUGAUCUGGAGGAGGUCAGGCCUGCAAACCUGCACAGCCCUGCCAGGGACGAGGGUCCCGGUCUUGGCUGCUCCCUGGCAAAGGAAUUUCAUCUUACCUGCGGGGAGGAGGAACCAGACUUGUCUGCCAUCCACAUUCCAGAAGCUCAGGAAACAGGAGCAUCCUCGGGUUAUUUUGCCUUCCCAAGUAUGGGUGCCCCAGAUGGUGGUGGUCCUUGCUUUGAGGAAUUUGUUAGCGUCUCUGGUGACCGGGAACCCGAGCCACCUGACGCCCUGCCUGUGGUCAUGGCCUUCAGCAGCCUCCUCUCUCCAUCCGCUCCUGAGAUGCUCAGCCAGAAUGGAGCCCUGAAACAGCACGAUGACCUCCCAGAGGACAGCAGCCAAGCCCCCUUUCCCAGGGAAGACCACUUGUCCAGAAGGACGAGCAGGCCUCGGUCUUGGCCUUGCUCAGACUUGAGGCAGAGAGGAACCAUGCUGCCCAUGAGGGAACAGGGCCUGGAAUGUGUUGGGGUUCACGACAACUGCUCAGCACCCAGCAGCUCAGACUUGGCAGAGUCUCAGGAUGACAGCGGUUCCCCUGCAGACAGAAGGGACCCCAGGUCAACCCCAGCAUCCUGUAUGGGCCUUGUGCCAAUGACGCUCUACACCCACAGUGUUAACGGGCUGGUGCUGUCCCUGCUGGCCGAGGAGCCGCUGCUGGGCGACGAUGUCGCCAUCGAGGAGGUGUACCACAGUAGCCUGGCGUCCCUGAACGGGCUGGAGGUCCACCUGAAGGAGACGCUUCCCAAAGACGUGGCUGCCUCCCCCAGCAGGAUGUACAACUUCACGCAUUAUGACCGCAUCCAGAAUGUGCUGACCACAAACCUGCCACAGGCGGCCACCUCCCAGGACCGCCGCUUCCUCCGGGCCAUCAGCCUCAUGCACUCAGACUUUGCCCAGCUGCCCGCGCUGUACGAGAUGACUGUUAGGAAUGCCUCCACUGCGGUGUACGCGUGUUGUAGCCCGGCCCAGGAGACCUACUUCCAGCAGCUGGCUGCAGCGGCACGGAGCUCCGGCUUCCCCAGCCCGCAGGACGGCGCCUUCAGCCUCCCGGGCAAAGCCAAGCAGAAGCUGCUGAAGCAUGGGGUGAACCUGCUAUGAGCCAGGCUGGAGGGCAGGAGCGGCUCCCCCACCCGCAGGGGGAGCGCUGCCUUCUUCAACAGAAGACGUCCCUCGGUUUUCUCUGUCUCAGUAGAGUCCCCUUUGCAGACACCGUAAUGACACUUGAGUGUCUGUGAACUCGUUUGGGAGCCCAGGGUUUCAGUGAGUAGUAUUCAGAGUCAGCAGGUCCAGAGCUCACAGUAAAGGGCCUUAUGACACUGGCCACAGCCUGCCAAAGAGGGCUGGGGCCUGAUGCUCACUCUGCGUCUGAGGCUCCCGGCAUUUCUCACUACUGCUCCCAUCAAGGCCUUAACUAGUACCACGAACGUUCAGGUGGCUGUUUCCUCCAGAACCCCAUUGUCCUGAGUCCCGUGGACAUCGUGAGGUGGGCUACACGGGGAGAUAGAAGUGGUUUGCAAGUGGACAGAGACUCCCACACCUCAGGCGGGGGUUCCUCAGAGCGCCCCUCCCGGGAGUUCUGGACACUCGAUGCAGGGAGGCGGGCAGCAAUGCCAAAACCACCUUGUUUGCCUUCUUCUGGAACUCUCUGCAAAACCAGGAGCCCGGUCUUCGGAACACCCAUGGUGGGAGCCAAUCUUGAUACCAUGCAAAGGAGCCUGGCGUUUUUAGGUAACUAAGCCCUGGGGUGCCGAGACGGGGUGCUGGGUGCUCCUUUGGUGCGAGGAGGGCCGUGCAAGUGAGUGUCCUCAGCAAGGAGUUUCCACAAUGUCUGGGGCAAAAGCAAAGCUUUGUGAAAGGGAGCGGCACGCACGGGUGUUCUUGCCCAUGUCCGAGGCAGACGGUGUGUGCUAACGUGUUUGACGUAACAGUAGGAAGUACUUACUGGAGGCUUAACUGUUCCCUGGGAGUACCUGAGAUCCCACUGGAAAACUGUAAUGUUAAUAAUUCCUAACGGUGAACCAGUGUCUCUUGUUGACGACAGUGUCUUUUUCUUGAAACAAGUUGCCAGUGGUUAAAAAUAAAACAGCCAAAACUGCUUGGGUUGAGUUAUGCUAACAUUUCCAGUGACAAAGUUAAGAUAAAGGUUAACAUAUUUUA